AAAUUAUUCAACUUUGAGAGAAGCACAACCAAAUCUUCCAAGGCAGCAUCAAAUUGCACUCGAUCUCGUCGGCCAUCAAUAAUGGCGGAAGUUGCUGUGUCCAUCGCCAUGGAAAGAAUCAGCAAUCUGUUGAUUGAAGAAGCCAAGUUUUUACGCGGAGUGAGAGGUCAAGUGGAGAAUCUUCAAACAGAGCUCAAACGAAUGCAGAGUUUCCUGAGAGAUGCCGAUAACAUUCAGUACGCAGACAAUAGGGUUCGUAAUUGGAUUGGGGAAAUCAGGGAGCUCGCUUACAAAGCAGAGAACGUCCUCGAUGCUUUUGUCCUCAAAGUUGCAUCUAGGAGUAGCCGAACCGGAGGCUUGCGUAAGAUGGCGCGAAGGUUUGUUUGCAUCAUCAACGAAGGUAUAAACCUUCACAAGGUUGGAGUGGAGAUUGGUGAGAUCAAAGUCAAGAUCGCUAAUCUCACUACCAGUCUAGAUACUUACGGUGUUAAUCGUUUAAGGGACAGUGAAGGCUCAAAUUCUGUGCACAACACACAAUUCUUACUUCGACGGACAUAUUCCCACAAUAUUGAAGAGGAUUUUGUUGGAUUUAAAGAAAAUAUAAGCAAACUGGUAGCACAACUGAUGCGUGAUGAUAACCAAUGUAGAGUUGUUUCAAUUUGUGGCAUGGGCGGGCUAGGAAAGACCACUCUUGCUCGAGAGGUUUAUCAUCACCAGACCAUUAGGCAUCAUUUUGACAGGUUUGGAUGGACUACCAUUUCACAACAAUGGAGAAAACAGGAUGUCUUGCAAAGACUCUUAACCGGCCUGAUGCCUGAGAAGAAGGGAAAAAUUAAGAGCAUGAGAGACGAAGAGUUGGUUGGGCAACUGUUUAAAAUCCAGAAGAAUAGAAAAUGCUUGGUGGUUCUUGAUGACGUAUGGUCAAGUGAGGUUUGGCACAUCAUAAAGUUUGCAUUCCCAAGUCAAAAGACAGGAAGUAAAAUACUGCUUACUAGUCGUUAUAGGAAUGUGGUUGAAGGUAUAGAUCCGUUUGGCUUCAUUCAUGAACCACGAUUUUUUGAUGAUAAAGAUAGCUGGGAGUUAUUGCGCAAGAAAGCAUUUCCAAGAUCAUCUGAGGAUCCGGAUUCUCAAAUUGAUGCAAAGAUGGAAGAGUUAGGAAUGAAAAUGGCAAGACAAUGCGGGGGCUUACCACUUGCCAUUGUUGUGCUUGGGGGUCUUCUAGCAACAAAAUAUACCUUGAGCGAGUGGCAAAAGGUGUAUGAAAAUGUUGAUUCACAUCGAAUGAGUAAAGGUAAAUUCUAUGGAGAAGAACAAUAUGGAAGAAUAUUAGGGGUGUUAAGUUUAAGUUAUCACGAAUUGCCUUAUCAGCUAAAAGCAUGUUUUCUUUAUUUGGGACACUAUCCAGAGGAUUUUGAAAUAGAAGUAGAGAAAUUAUGUCAAUUAUGGAUAUCUGAAGGUUUUGUACCAGAGUCAAAGGAGCAUCAAAAAACCAGAGAUGAAGAAACAAGUAUGGAUGUGGCAAUACAUUACUUGAGUGAGCUUGCCCAAAGGUAUAUGGUUCAAGUGACACUAGAAGAGGAUUACCCAACAUUCAUAAAACGUACAAGGUUCAAAUCUCAUUCAACAUGUCGAGUCCAUGAUCUCGUUCGAGAUUUAUGUUUGUCGAAGGCAAAAGAAGAGAAUUUUAUUGAGAUCAAUGAUUAUAGACAUUCAAAUCAACAAGUGCAACCCUCUUUUUCCUAUAUGGAUGCAUCAUUGACUAGCAGUAGUGGUAGUAAUGCAAUACACAGACUUAUUAACUAUUUGGAUUAUGAUACAAAUAUUAAUCGUCUUGGACAAGAAAAGAGGAUUCAAGGGACAAGGACGAUUAAAUUCUUAUUCUUUGGUGAGGGGAGUCAAUUGCAAGUAAUCCAUCUUUGCAUGGAUUUCAAAUUUUUGAGAGUUCUAGAUCUUGAGUAUAUGCAAUGUCCUUAUGUUUAUCGACAAGUGUUACCAAAAGAAAUAGGAAAUCUAAUUCUUUUGAGGUACUUGGGAUUAAGAAAUACUAAUUUCAACGAGUUGCCAUCAUCAGUGGGGAACCUAAAAUAUUUGCAAACACUUGACUUGCAAACUGGUUCGAAUAUUACAGUGCCAAAUGUGUUAUGGAAGAUGGAAGGAUUGAUGCAUCUUUAUCUUCCUAGCCCUAACCUUUUAAAUACAAAAGGUAAGUUGCGAAUAGAUGGUCUAAGCAAAUUGGAAACUUUAGUAAACUUUACCUCAGAUAAGGUUGACGCCAAAGGGCUCUUCAAGUUAUCUAAUCUCAAGGCACUAUCUGACGCAUACUUGAAUGUAAAACAUGAUGAUGACCUAGCAAUGAUCAACAACUACUUUUUUCACCACAAGCAUCUACUGCAAUUUGCAUCGUUUGAAGUUCAAAUUGAUGAUUCUUGUAAGGAUGAAAGUAUAAGCCUCCUACGAAAAUUUGUCACAUAUGAUCGACUUGGUGACUUGACGAUACGAGGAAUCAUUGUUGGUAAGCUAUCAGACUAUCUGUCAUCUUCAUCCCUUGUGAAUCUUGUGAAUUUAUCCAUGAUGAACUCUCUACUUGAGGACGAUCCUAUGCCAAUUUUGGAGAUGCUGCCUAACUUAAGGUCGCUCGUUUUGCAUAAUGCUUUUGUGGGAAAGGAAGUUUUUUGCUCAAUUGGUGGUUUUCCUCAUCUCCAAUAUCUUUCCCUAUGCUAUAUAGACAAUUUAGAAGAAUGGAGAGUGGAGGAGGGAGCCAUGCCUAAUCUCUCUGAGUUACAGAUUACUUCAUGCAAGGAGUUGAAGAAGAUUCCUGAUGGACUAAAAUUCAUCUCCAACUUGAAGUCUCUAGUAUUUAAAUUCAUGCCUGCAGCAUUCCAAGAUAGGGUUCGAGUAGAAAAUGAGAACGAAGGGGAAGAUUUUCACAUAGUUCAACACAUCUGUAGAAUUGAGUUUUAUGAUUGCGAUGUCGAGAUGGUGGAUUUAACUGAUGCCAUUAUAUUCAACUAGCCGUGUUCCCCACAAAGACAGUGAGGUGCUUGUGGGUUUAAAUGGACAUCAGAGACAAGGAGGAGGUCUAGACAUUGUGGUUGUUCUGGCCAUGACAACAUGUCUUAUCUGAUGUUGGGAAGGCUGUCUUACUGUUUGGAUAAUUGUUAUUUUUCUUUAAAAUCGGAGCCAUUGUACUCUUCGGAAUUUGGCUUCCCGUGUGCCCCAUUUCCUGCUUUUUGACAGAAUAGUAUGGUUUUUGUUAUGAUUUCAUAAAGUCUAAAAUGGUCUCUUGUUCAUCUGGAA